GCUAUUGCAGUAAACUCAACGUAAAAAUCCAGCUGAAGCCCCGACAAGAGCCUUGUGAGCUUGCCCGCGCAUGUUCAUGCACUGACAUAAGAUAACAGCAGCAUACUAGUCGCUUUGAACAGAGCUUCAAUCGUGGGCAUAGUUCUGCGUUUCGUAGCGAGCUCCAACUCGCCGGAUGCUCUCCAACUUGCGAACUCUCGUCGUUUCGCCAAGGGGGCGUUGCUCCGUGCUCAGCACCUUAACCAGCUCCGUUCGUGGUGGUACCGGCUUUCUGCCGGCACGCGCUCAGGACUCCCAACCGUUCCUCAGGCCGACAGCCAUCGCGCGCGCCAUGUCGUCAGCUGCCGAUUCUGCUGUCCCCCGGGCCCUGGUCUACGACGCACCCGGCGAGCCGCUGGAAGCGCUGUCUCUCCGCGAGCUGCCAGCCCUGACGGCUCCGGGCCCGGGGCAGGUGCAGCUUCGGUACCUGUCGUCGCCCAUCAACCCCUCUGACAUCAACACCGUCCAGGGCAAGUACCCCAUCAUGCCCAAGCUGCCGGGCGGCGUACCCGGUCACGAGGGUGUCGCGGAGGUGACGGCGGUGGGGCCGCAGGUGACUGGGCUGUCGGUGGGCGACUGGGUGGUGCCGCUGGCGCCGGCACAGGGCACCUGGCGCACCGCCGGCACCUACGCCGCGGCGGACUGGCACGCGGUGCCGCGAGACAUCGGGCUGGCGGCCGCCGCCACCAUUGUCAUCAACCCGCCCACGGCUCUGGCCAUGCUGGAGAUAUUCGUGGCGCUGCAGCCCGGAGACACCGUGGCGCAGAACGGCGCCACCAGCGCCGUGGGAGAGGCAGUCAUCCAGAUCGCCCGCGCCCGCGGCAUCAAGACCAUCAACGUCAUCCGGGAGCGGCCCGACAUGGACGCCGCGGUGGCCCGGCUCAAGGGGCUGGGGGCGGACCUGGUCACCACCGAGCACAAGCUCAAGGAGGACCUCAAGGCGUCGGGACUGCCGGCUCCCAAGCUCGGAUUCAACUGCGUGGGCGGCAGCGCGGCGCAGGCCGUCACGAGCGUGCUGGCUGACGGCGGCACGCUGGUGACGUACGGCGGCAUGGCGAUGCAGCCUGUGACGGCGGGCACCGCGGCCAUGAUCUUCAAGGACAUAUCGUUCCGCGGCUUCUGGCUCACGGGCAGGUGGGCCGCGGCUCAGGGCCCCGAGGGCCGCCGCAAGGCCCUGGACGCCAUUGUGGCGCUGUACCGCAGCGGCGCCCUCACGCCGCCGCCGCUGGCGCCCUUCCCGCUGGCCACCGCCGACGACCCGGAGGCCUGGAAGCGCGCCUUUGAGCGCGUGGCGGCGCCGCACCGCGGAGCCAAGGUGGUGUUUGACAUGCGCGGCGGCGCGGAGGCGUGAAAGGGAAAGGAGGGGUUUUGAGGGUGGAGAGGGGGAUGGAUGCGAGGGGAGGGGAGGUCGAGGCAAGGGUGUUGCGUUGCGGGCAGCGGCCGCGUUGUUUGUUGUGCCAGUACAUACGUGUACGUGUUUUUGAUACUGAAGCAGGUCUCAGCAACUCAAUUCGGUCUAGGGCUAGAACACAGUAACUAUUCAAGGAAAUUUGAGCAAGUUUAAACUUUGUUAAAGGACCCGCGGGCCAGCUGACAGGAGUCUGACCGGCCUAGACCGGCCUUUGCAGAGAGUCGUGUGCCGGUAUGCUGCAGUUGGUGGCUUGUAAGAUGCACACGCA